UUGGAACCUCAGUUUGCUUUUGGUUUCAAGUAACCCUUUCCUUUCAUUGUUAGAAACAGUAUUGCUAUUAAAACUGUAACAUAACUGAAACCUUAAUCUCCUCGAAAAAAUGGUGAUAGAAGCAAAACAGACGCUGAAGAAUGUAAAAGCAAGCAAGGGUGGAAUUUUCCAGCAAGCACCGAAAUGGAAAAUAAGCCAUGGCCUCGGUCGAAAGAUGUCUCUCAUAGACCUAGGUCAGAAGCUAAAGUAUGAUAAAAAAUAUAAACCAGGAGAGGAGGAUCAAACACUAUGGUUGGAAACAAAGGGACAGAUCAUUGCAGUCCAAAAGAAGCACAUAAAGAAUUUUAGAAUGGACAUGGACAAUUUUUUUAAAACAAAUACCAGGAUUGUCCCUCUGAUUUCUUGGCAAAAGCCAAAAAAUAGUAAUGAUGCUUCAUUGGAAAUGACCAAAGAGUCAGAUAAUGAAAAUGUUUUGGAAAUGGAGAUAGUGGCCAAAGCACCUAAUGACUCAAAAGAUAAAAUAAUAAUCGGACAAACAGUUAAAGAUCAGAAGAAUCCUCCUGCCAAAAGGCGAGCUAUGUUAAAGGAUAUCCUCAGUCCAGACAUUGUUAAGCCCGUGCACAAACUUGCUUUGGAUACGAUCAAUAAAACUUCUAGGAAGUCUUUAUCGUCUAUGGGAAACAGAAUUCACAAGCCUAAGUAUGGAGAAAAUCGUUUUAAAUCAUUGCAUAACAGAAAAUCUAUCAGAGAGGAACAUGAUUGUGAUGAUCUCACUCUUUGUGAUUUUAAUAUCACGCCAAGAAACGAUCCGAAAUUUAAUGUCAAAGAAGAUAAUUUGACUUAUAGUGCCAAUGAAAAUAACUUGAGUUGUAAUUCAGAAAAUCUUGGAGUGAUUGAGGAAAUUUAUGAUAAUACUUUAAAUGAUAUAGAGCCAGAUCACCCAGAUAACAGCUUAGAUCAAUUUCUUGCAAACUUUAGCUUUCCUUUAGAUGAUGAAAAGCCCAUAGAUCUAAAUAUAUUAGAUGAACAGGAGGCAAUGCAAUUGGAAGUCGAAGAGCUGUGCAGCAAUGAAAUUGAAUGUCUUUUAAUAGAAGAUCAGCAUAGAAGAAUAACCGUUUUCCCAAAUCAAGAAAAAUAUUCAUAUAUUGAAGGACAACUAUCAAAAACUGAACAACUUGUGAAUCCUGAUGCGAUGGAGGAAAUUGAUUAUAAAACUUUAGAAGAUUUAGAGCCAGAAAAGCCAGAUAACAGCUUAGAUCAAUGGUUUUCAAACCCAAACUUUAAUUUAGAUGAUGAAGAGCCCAAAGAUCUAAGUAGAAUAUAUAACGGAGACGCAAUGCCAUUGGAAGAUGAAAAGCCUAUAGCCUGUGAGCCUAAAAGCAUUAUCGGUUCUCAAAAUCAAGAAAAAAAUAUGUAUAUUCAGAAAAAGAAAUGUAAAAUUGAACAACUUGUGAGUCCUGAUAGGAUUGAGGAAAUUGAUGACAAAACUUUAAAAGAAAAGCCAGAUAACAGCUUAGAACAAUCGUUUUCAACCAUAAGCAUUACUUUAGAUUGUGAAGAGCCCAAAGAUCUAAGUAGAAUAGAUGGAGAGGCGGCAAUGCCUCUUGAAGAGGAAGAGCUGAGCAGCAAGGAAAUUGAAUGUUUUUCAGAAACGCAUGAGCGUAAAAGCUCUAUCGGUCCCCCAAAUCAAGAAAAAUAUCCAUAUAUUCAGGCUAAGCCCCUGGAAAAAAUAGCUAUUGUGGAUCCAUGUCUUCAUAAUUCGGAUCGUUUUACACGUUUGAGUCCUAGAGAAUAUAAUGACAAUGAUGAUUUAUAUUCAGAAGUUCAGCCGAUGGAGAAACGCAAUAAGAAACGUGUAAGUUUCGAAGAAGAUAAAAGUCUGGUUGAAGAAAUUGAAUCUAAUGAUUCUACCCAACAAAUUAGGAACCGAGAUUAUUGGCUUAUAUCCAUUAAUCCUCUUUAUUUUUUGUUGCCAAAUGUAUUUUACUUUUUGAUUUAUAGCUACUACUAUAAUUAUUAUAUCCAACCAAAGCCAAAAACGUUUUGGGAAAACGUCUGGCUAACUCUUACAUUCCAAUAACUAAAUUAGCGACUUCAAUAUAUUAUAUUUUAUAUUCCGUUUAUAGACUUGCCAUAUUUUAUACAAGAUUUAUCUUUUAAAUUAAAAAAGUUUAGCGUUUCA